CGUCAUAAAAUUAUUCAUUAUAUUUCUUAUUAAUGUCAGUUAUACGUGGCUGUGAAUGUAAGAAAUUUUGGUGAUAUAUACUGAAACAAAUAUUUUAAUAGAUGGCAUACCUCGUAUAUUUUAUAUAGUGAAAUAUUAAUUCAUUCGUCUUUAUAUUAAUAAUAGACAAAUUGAAAGAUUUUACUUUAUAAUAAAUAAAGUGAAAUUCAUUUUACGAGUGUUUCGUAAAUAUCAUUGGAAGAGAAACGUGUUUACGAGAGGUUAAAAACAUGCCGCAAGGAAGAAGAAAGAUUGCGUUUAGCGGUAAAGCAAAAAAACAACAGAUGCAAGCUAAAAAACAACGACAAAAUCAUCUUUUGAAUGCAGCACGAAAUAUAGAUGAUGAGGAUCAAUCUAGUUUAAUUGAUGAUAUAGAGUAUAAAAGAGGCAUACAAAAAAUAAACAAGCAACCACAAGACCGUAGAAACAAGUAUGCUCUUCAAUUUUUUAAAGAAUCGCAAGCAGAAUUGAGAAAGCGCAAGGAGGAAGCUAGAAACACUAUUCAUAUGAUUCCUUUUGUACAGCAAGAAGUUUCUGAUAAUUAUUUCCCACCAGAUAUAGAUAUUCCUAAGAGACCAUCUUGGGCUUAUGCUAUGUCAAAAGACCAAUUAGAAAUUAGAGAACAAAAAUAUUUUAAUGAAUAUCUACAAACUAUGGAAAAAUUAGAUGUUAGCUAUUUCGAGCUAAAUUUAGAAACUUGGAGACAACUGUGGAGAGUUUUAGAAAUGUCUGAUAUAUUAUUGAUCAUCGUUGAUAUUAGAUUUCCUGUUUUGAUGUUUCCUCCAUAUUUAUAUAACUAUAUAACAAAAGAAUUGAAAAAGGAUAUGAUACUAAUUCUCAAUAAGAUCGAUUUGGCACCCGCUUCUUUGGUAGUAGCUUGGAAAGAAUACUUUUCUACGCAUUAUCCGGAACUGCAUAUAUUAAUGUUUACGUCGUUUCCAACUUACAACUUAAGAGGGAAUACAAAUGAAAGUGAAGGUAUAAAGAAAAGACGUAGAAAAGGGAAAUUGAAGAUGGCAGCAGAAGGAGCUCUAAAAUUAUUACAAGCGUGUCAAGAUAUCGUUGGGGAUGAAGUGGAUUUAAGUUCUUGGAACGAAAAAAUUCAAGAGGAAAUGAACGUGGAAUAUGAUUUAGAUGAUAUAGAUAGAAAGGAUAAUGUUAUAAUUGAAAAACAAGAUGAUACAUACGUUGAACAUGUAAAAUAUAAAAAUGGUGUAUUGACUAUAGGUUGCAUUGGUACACCAAAUGUUGGGAAAUCAUCUUUAAUGAAUGCACUAAUGGGUAAAAAAGUCGUAAGCGUGUCUCGUACGCCUGGUCAUACAAAGCAUUUCCAAACUAUAUAUCUUACCAAAACGGUUUGUCUUUGUGAUUGUCCCGGUUUGGUAUUCCCAUCAACUGUUCCUAAACAACUUCAAAUUUUAAUGGGCUCAUUUCCAAUUGCUCAAGUCAGAGAACCGUAUACUAGUAUAAAAUUCAUAGCUGAACGAAUAAAUUUACCUAAAUUAUUAAGGAUACAACAUCAAAGUAACGACGAUUGCUGGUCUGCCAUGGACAUAUGCGACGGUUGGGCAGCAAAAAGAAAUUUCUACACGGCUAAAGCGUCGAGAUUAGAUACUUAUAGAGCAGCAAACUCUCUGUUAAGAAUGUCAUUAGAAGGAAGGAUUUGUGUUUAUGUAUACCCUCCAAAUUGGGUUGCAAGUAAAGAAAAUUGGGAACAACAUCCUGAAGUCGAGACAGUUAGAUGGAUUCAAGCUAGAAUUCAUGAAGAUGAUGUUGCUGAAUCCAUGAUUUCAUCGUCCGAAGACGAGGAGGAGGAGGAGGAAGAGAAGGAGCAAGAAGAAGAGCAGGAGAAUGAAGUUGCGAAAAGAAGAAGCGACGACGAGGUCAAUGGCAAAGAAAAAUCGGAAGAUUCUUCCAGCGAUUCAAUAGAUGAUAUACCGGUUAUAAAUAAUAAAUUUGAAGCAUUGUUGUCUACAGAAUUGUAAAAACUCGUACAACGAUGAUAUAUUUAAGAAAAUAUUUAGAGUCUGUUAAUUCCGUCUA